ACUCUUUUGACAUCGAGACCACUGAUAACAUCGCUAAGCAUUUGUGCACUCAUUCUCGUUAACAUUAGAUCCAAGCCAUUGGAGUCGUGCGGCAUAAUANUUACGAAAGCAUUGGCCGAAAUGGCAGUCAAAAGUCAGGUGGUCCUCAGCAGUGAUCUGAACGCAGAGCUCCACUCAGUCUGUGUCUGGGAUUUGGUUUCCGGCAAUACUUUAACCACUUUUAAAAGUGUCGGAUGUGUUGACCGCCAUUGCCUCGACUUAGUCAAGGAUCAGCUGAUCAUCAGUUCCGUCAAAGACUCUCCGGUUGUCAAUGUCUGGUCCUUUGAACGCAAGGAUCAGUUGCAUCUGAAGAUCAUUUGUCCCAAUAAAGUGACGGCUUUGAAGACCACCAAUGACGGCAAAUACUGUUUGGUGGCCAUCAAUACCAGUCUUUACAUUUGGCAGACAUCUUCGGGCGAAUUGUUGGCCAUUUUGGAGAAACACUACCAGAAGAUUACGUGCAUAGCUGUGACCAGCGAUGACUCGUAUAUCGUGACCGCCGGUGACGACGGGUUGGCGUUUGUCUGGUCAUUGGGUGUGAGCGUCGGUUACAACGAGUUUGACGUGACGGACACUGAGUCGACACUUCGGGAUCCGAUCCAUAAGUGGUCGGAUCACACGAAUGCCAUCACUGAUGUGCACAUAGGGUUGGGAGGCAUUGAAGCCUAUUGUAUGACGUGCUCUACUGACCAAACGUGUCGGUGGUCGGAUCACACGAAUGCCAUCACUGAUGUGCACAUAGGGUUGGGAGGCAUUGAAGCCUAUUGUAUGACGUGCUCUACUGACCAAACGUGUCGGAUCUACGAAUUGAUUUCUGGUGCCAUCCAAUUCUNUCUAAUGGUUACCAUUGUUUUCGAUACUCCUCUCUGGUCUGUAGUCAUGGAUUCAACGCAAAGCAACCUAUGGGUUGGCGGACACGACUCCAACAUUUAUGAGACUAAACUUUAUGGAAAGCCAUCCAAUUCUUUGCUCAAACAAAUUAAACCCCAAUUUGUUGGACACGAAUCCGCUGUCACUUGUCUGACCGUAUCUAUAGAUGGAAUGGCUUUAAUCUCGGGUUCAAAUGAUAAAACAAUUAAGAUUUGGCACAUAAAUAGCAAGCAAUGCAUGAAAACCAUUACUAAUAAAGGUAUGAUUGAUAAUACAAUGGAGCGAAACAAUCAAAUUAAUGAUAUUAUGGCCGCGGUU